AUGGUUAAGCAUUACGAAUUAAGCAAAGUGUUGCGCGUGACAAAUAUUUUACCAGAUAUAUUAAGAUCACAAAUGCGCCAAUUUUAUGAAGAUUGUGUUAAUGCUCAUUACGAAUUGAGUAAAGUGUUGCGCGUGACAAAUAUUUUACCAGAUAUAUUAAGAUCACAAAUGCGCCAAUUUUAUGAAGAUUGUAGCAAAGAUAUUUAUAUGGUUAAGCAUUACGAAUUAAGCAAAGUGUUGCGCGUGACAAAAAUUGUCAAGAUCCGUAAGAUCACAAUUUAUACUAUCAUGUUCCAGAAUAAGUGUUUUGGCAUCAAUUGGAGAAUGCCUCCGAAACGAACUCUUACACAAGAGGAGAAAAAUGCAAAAGCUCAAAAACAACGAGAUCGAAGACAAAAUGAAUCUCCUGCCGUUAGAGAGAAACGAUUGGCGCAACAACGAGAAUAUGAUCGUGAGAAAGCUGCGCAAGCUGACUUUGUGCCCCCGGUCCAGGAAGGAGAACCAAACGAAGAUGAAGCAGACCAGCAACAAGACAUGGACGGGCUCGGAGCACCUUUAGAGGAGCCAAUGGAAACAGACCAGCAACAAGACAUGGACGAGCCUGGCGUCCCUUUAGAGGAGGCUACUGAGGAUCUAAACGAUGAAGACAUUCAACCACACGCUGAAAUAGUUCCGGUAGAAACAGAAACCGAGCGUGAAUAUCGCGAGGAAUUCUUGAGGGAACUUCGUCAACAAACAAGACAAACUCGAAUUGCCAGAACUCACCGAUUGGAUCAAAGAGAAGUAUUACGUGAAGACAGUAUUCCCACUCAUGACUGUGGUAGGAUGGACUGGAAAUGCGGAUACUGUCACGCUCUCCAUUUCAAAAAAGAGAUGUCAAGCGAUAAAAAGUUCUCUAAUUGUUGCAAUAAAGGCAAAGUUAGUCUCCCUGAUCUAAAGGAAUGUCCCGAAUUUCUCAAAAGCCUUUUGACUAACAGUCACCCACAGGGACCAUAUUGCUGUCGUAUCCAUGGAAUGGUGUACCACACGACGAGCUCUGUUGGUCAAGAUUCACAUACCCCACGAUAUGCUGAUCUUUACUUCAUGGAUUCGGCUCAGGCGACAAACAUCCGACUGCACAACGAGGCAAAUGCAGGCUGCGAGCGAUUGGGGAUGAUUGCAUUGGACACUAUGCUUCGCGAAGUAAAUCCAUACGCGCAUUUGUACAAAUCGAUGCACCAACUCUUUGAAGAAGAACAGCGGAAUGCCGUAGCUGAUAAUAGAGAACAAUUUGCUGUUUCAAUGCUAAUUCACAAUGACAAAAGCCAAGAUCAAAGGCGAUACAAUAAUCAAACAAAUAAUGAGAUUGGUGUCGUUUUCAAAAGCGUUGAUGGAGCUCCUCCUUCAGAUCGAGACAUUCACGGCCAUCUUCUGAUUCUGACAAGAGGACGGAGAUUCAUCCAAAUUGACCCAAACAAAUCAAUGUGUGACCCUAUGAGCUGUCCCUUGCUCUUUCCAAACGGUGACAGCGGAUGGAACCCAAACAUUAUUUACAGAACGAAUGAUGAACGAAGGGAAGCAGAAGGAGAAAACGACAAAGAAGAAGAUCCAGAUGUGGUAUCCAAUGAAAGGGGACCAGGAGGUGAAACUACAACAGAGGAGGCUGAGGAUCAAGAAUUUGAUUUUGAAGAAACGGUGGGUGAUCACGAAGACCAAAGCAUAAAUAGAAGACGUGGCAAAAGGACAAGAGUCACGCAAUGUGAUUAUUACCUCUACCGGAUUUCUAUUGGGGGCAAUUUUAACAUCAUCCUUUAUUCUGGACAGCUUUUCCAGCCUUAUUUGACGGAUUCCUUCAUUAAGACGGAAGGAAACCGACUUAGAUAUCUACAAGAACAUCAGGCCGAUCUACACGUAGCCCAAUACAACGGCCUGAUGGACUUUUUAAACAACAGAGCGGAAAGAGAAAAUCUUACCGUAGGAAUGACCUACAUUCUGCCAUCAAGUUUCAUAGGAAGUCUUAGGUUCAUACAGCAAGCAUAUCAGGACUCAAUGGCCAUCUGCGCGAAAUUUGGAAAACCGACCUUCUUUGUAACAUUUACGUGUAACCCAAAGUGGCCAGAAAUCACAAACAGCAUCCCUUGGUACCACUCUGCUUCAGACAGACCUGAUGUCGUAUCAAGAGUUUAUAACUUGAAGAAAAAUGAGAUAGUCGAAGACAUUCAAAAACGUCAAAUUUUCGGCGCAGUUAUUGCAAGAAUUCACGUUAUCGAAUUCCGGAAGCGUGGACUCCCUCAAUGUCAUAUGCUCAUCUGGAUAGACAAACCCGACAUACCCAGAACAUCAGCCGACAUCGACCAAACUAUUUGUGCAGAAAUAUCUGAUAAGGAAACCCACCCAAGGCUUUUUGAAAUCAUCAUGUCCAACAUGAUUCAUGGACCGUGUGGGAAAGAUCUCAAUGACAAAUCACCGUGCAUGGAUGAUGGCGAAUGUACCAAAUCCCUCCCAAAAGAAUUCGUUCCUAAGACUGUCAUGAGCAACAACGGGUUCCCUACGUAUCGCAGAAGAGCUGGACAAACAAAUCCAUUAAAGCGGAACAACAAGAUUUAUCAGGUGGACAACAGAUGGGUUGUCCCUUACAAUCCAUACCUAUGUUUGAAAUACAACGCGCACAUCAACGUCGAGUACUGCGCAUCCAUCAAAAGCAUGAAGUAUCUUUUCAAAUACGUACAUAAGGGGUUCGACUGUCAAGGAACCAAAACAAUCACCGGGACACAAGGUGCCCAAGGUACGCAAGAACAAGGUGCCUAA